GAGAAAAUGCAGACAAACAAGAUGAGGGAGCAGUUUGAAGAAGAGAAGUUUGAGCUGAAAAACAAGCUAUUGAAUCAAGCCAGUGCAAUAACGGAGCUUGAGAUGGAGCGAGACAACUUAUCCAGGGCACUCCAGUCUGCUGAGGCUUGUCUAAAAGUGGGAGAGAAGAGUGGCCAAGACCUGACGGAGGAGUACACUGCCCUGAAGAACAGCUACUUGGCUCUGGCUGAUGCCCAUGAUAAAGAGCAGAACCAGGGUGAGAAGCUGAGUGCUGAGCUGCUGGCUCUGGCCCAGGCCCAGGACGCCCUCCGUCUGCAGCUGGAGGAGCAGCAGCAGAGCGUUGAGACCUCCACCCGGGGGCUGCAUUGUGAGCUGGACCGGGUGAGGGCCUUGAUCAGCAGCAUGUCACAUAACAGAGUCAAGCUACUUGGAAACCAAGAUGAGAUCAAAGAAAUGCUGGAGAAAAUGAAAAACAGCUACGAGGAGCAACAGAAGAAACUGGAGGAGAAAGUGGUGGAAAUGGGUAAAGAACAUCAGGAGGACAAGAGAGCGAUCCGUAACCGCCAGCAGGAACUGUCUGAGCGGAGUGCUGCCGUGAUGUGCUCUCAGAGCCAAGUGAAGGAGGCGGAAGAGGAAAACUCAAAGCUGCAGCUCCAAGUCAAAGAGCUGAAUGAGGAAUAUCGCUCAAGACUCGUGUGGUAUUUACAGGACUUAUCUGAGUACAUUGAUGGACUAGGAGAGGGUAAAAGCCCACCAGAGGCUUCUAAGUUGAGGGCACAUGUUGACAGCAUGCUUCAGGAUGUGCGUUCCUCCUACAGAGCGAGGGAGGAACAGCUGGCCUCCGCUGCUCGCUCCUAUAAGAAGAGACUUCAGAAGAUCACCAAGACCCAUCAUGCUCUCCUUAUUGCGUACAGGGUUCAGAGGGAGCAGAUCUUGGCCCAGCCAGAGAGCAGUCUUGACCCUGGACCUCCAGAAGCCCCCUUCAGCCUGGAGCCCUCUGAGCUCAGAGAGGAAACAGAGAGGGAGCUCCAGCAGCGCCGUCAGGACGAGGCUCAGCUGCAGGUGGUUGCCCUCAAAAUGCCCGUUCAGAAUUUGAGCCGUCAUGAAUUGGCAUGCGAGGAAUCCUGGUCGGACUUAAGGAAGCAGCUGAGGGAGAUCUCAGACUCUACACUGGUGAGUGUAGAGAAAGACCGAGCCCUUCUCAUCACCAGGGUUUCAGUUGCCGAGGCGCAGGUGUCGGAGUUGCAGGACUAUAUUGACAAUAACCUGGGAAGGUUGCAUUCAGACCCACUUGAACAAGUCUAUGAGCCUUUCCCCUUCCCAAAAUGAGCAAAC